AUUUCCACAACAGAUUUGGGGGCUUGUCCGGGAUCAGAUGAACGGAGGCCGUUGACGCCAAGACGGAUACGAGUCCAAAAGGACAACGAGGGACCCGUUUGGAGUCCAGAACAACCAAUUGUGUCUGACCCAUCGUGAUUCCUGAAGUGGACGGUUCCCCCGUCACUCCGACCGGACUCAGUAUCUCUUGAGGAGGCAUGCCAAUGGUGUGGACACUUUCAAGACACAGAUCGGGAUGGUGACUGGAUACUUUGCAAUGGAUGCGAGAGAUGGCAGCACCGUGUCUGUGUAGGCAUGAAAAAGGAGCAAUUUAAAAAUAUAGCACAUGUGAUGUGACAUUGCACAGCCUGUGAAGAGGAGUCUUUGUCAUAAAGCAGCAGCGUACUUCAGGGUCUGAAACCAAAAUGUGAGUGUUGUCACAUUUGACACAUGUGAGUGGCUUGGCACAUGACUGUGUAUAUGACUAAUGGUCACACUUUGUGCACAAUAAUGCAGUUUAAAUGGAUUUCUCCCAGUGGACACCGUCAAUAUAUUACCUUCCACUGUGUUCACUGUCUUGGAGGAAGACGCAGAGUCCUAUUUCCCCUCAGAAAGUAUUUAAUCGACGGAUGUUCCGAAGCUAUCAUCGCUGUGGACAAGCUGUAUGUUAAUGGGCAGUUGUAUCAGGACCGGGAUACCACCCCCUGGCUCUACUAAUCCAAAAUCAGACCAACAACAAGGUCAUCAAGUUCACAGAUCGACGGUGAUCGGACUCUUCUCGAGCAAGGAGAGUGAGCUGGAAUACAGGGACGAGGUGGAGCGGCUGUCAGAGUGGUGCAGAGUCGACAACCUGCUCCUCAACACCACAAAAACAAAGGAGCUGGUCAUUGAUUUCAGGAAAAAUAAAAUAGACAUCCAGCCACUCAUCAUCGCCAGGGCAUUUCUGGACAGGGUAGCGGCUGAAAUGGAGGAGCAAGAUUCUUCAGACGCCGAUGCUCUUUUAUUACAGUUAGUUCUGCAGUUACAGAAACUCUGUCUGAAAAAGAAUGAGAUGCAACAGCAAAUUCACAUUUACCAGGAAAAAAAUGCUGAAAAGAGGGAACAAAUGGACAGAACCAAACAAAGUACUGAGAAGCUUGAGAAGGAAUUGUGUCAUGGGCAGAAAUUAGUGAUGCAUUACAAAGACAGCAUUAAAAGCCUGAGGGGAACUAACAGCCUACUGCUCCAGUUUAGAUGUGCUCUUCAGGAGGAACUACAAAACAGAGAGGAGAACUACACCCAAGACAUGAGGAUGUAUGACACAAGAACCGAAACCUACACAAAGGUGUUUGAGCAACACAAGACUCAGUACUGCCAGAGUCUGCCUGCACUGAAACUCCUGAAAAUGCAAGAAGAAAAAGAACAGAUUGAACUCAGAAAACCAGCUCUGGAGGAAAAGAUUGCAUCAAAAGAAAGAGAACUGCAAACCCUACAUGGCUGUAUCCCCUUCUCACCCCUAAGUAAUACUGCAUCAGAAAAUGGCAAUGAGGAGCAGACUUCCCCUCAGAAGUCUGCAGAGCAAGCUGAAAAAACUCUGGAAAAGAAUCAGCGGGAGGGGUCAGGAAAUUGUUUUGUUUUAAAAGGAAUUGAGAUUGUAGGUAAGACUGGCAGGAGCAGUGAAGAAGAUGAUGUGAGGAAGAUACGAAGGAAUUACAAAGAGGAAUUUACAGGGAAUGAGGUUGUCGCCCCUCCAUCUACCAUGAGCCCAAACAGUAACCUCAUGGAAACUGGAGGGCUGCAGGGCUGUGAAGAAGUACAGAUAGAGGAUGUCAAGACAGGAGCAGGUGAAAUGGGUAAGCAGGUUGCAAGGGAACAGGCAGCACACACUGCUGAAGAGGGUGAGCAAAGGGACAGUUACCUACGGACACCCAGAAUGAAGGCUGUGUCAAGCACUCCAACCUUCUCACUCAGUGGAAAUCCAAGUCAAUCUCCUCACGGCGAAGCUUCAGUGUCCCCUGGUUUCAUGUUUGCUGCACAUUCUGUCCCUGACACACCUUCAUUCUCUGGCUUUGAUUGCACAUUUCAUGUAGAGUCUACUGAAGAGGACAUCCCCUUUUAUUUUUCAAGCUCCUGUUUCACUGAUAAGAAACUUUCAGCUUGCAAAUCCACAGGCUUCCUGUUUGAGCAGGUGGGCAGUCGAUCAGAGGAUGAGCAUGACUUCCCCUUCUCCUCUGGGAGUCCCAGUCAGGGAGCUGCUAGCCCAGCUCUGGGUAGGAUGGAAGACAAUAUCCCUUUUUCUUUUACCUUUGGAAAGUUUCAGUGAAUCACACAUUUCAUAAAAAUAUUUCAGGGUACUUUAUGGUCACAUGUACAUGUCAUAAGACCUGUUUGGUAACAGUGGUUUUUGUGCUGAGAAUGUUGUGAACUUAUAAAGCUAUUGAUAAAGCUGUUAUAUACUACUGCAAUUCAUUUGUUUUUUACUUAAAAAAGAUUUCAAAAUGAGCUGCCUUAAAAUCUUAUAUUGAUAGAUUUACUUGCCAGGUAGAAAAGGUAUGGUUCUAUUGUAGUUACAUUUUCAGCACAUUUAAACGAUUCAAAGGAGAAAAGCCAAAUAUAAAUAUUUCUAAUAAAUAUAAAUUGUGGAAAUCUUGAUGAUUUUCUGUAGAUUGAUCUUUUGCAACAGUCCAUGUGGCAUUCUAUAAAAAUAUCAGCUCAGAUGUGUCUUGGAAUAUGAAAGUUUUAUGUGUAUGUUCUACUUCACUCAAGAAAGUCACAAAUGUGCGCAUGAUAUUUCAAAUGUAGUUUGGAAAAUAAAAAUGUAAACAAUCAA